AUGGCACAUAGCGUCCCCAACCUCGACGCAAUCGGCAUCAAAGCCGACCCUGUCCUCGCCGACCAGUUUCGUCGCGAAGUCGCCAAUCUCCUAAAACGCAACAACCUCAACUUCCCCGGCGCACAACCCGUCUCCUUCUCGGCAAAACACUUGGUUGAAUUACAAAAGGAAGACUACUACGUCUGCGAAAAGACAGAUGGGUUACGCUGCUUGAUGUACUUUGCAGAGGGGGAUUCUGAGACUAGUCCCGAGAUUCACUAUUUGAUUGAUCGCAAGAAUGACUAUCGAUUUGUUCCCGGUUUGCACUUCCCCAUGCCGAAUGAUGAGACUUAUCAGUCCUUUCAUAUCGAGACGCUGGUGGAUGGGGAACUGGUCAAGGAUACCUAUGACGACGGCACCACGCAGCUGAAAUACCUGGUGUUUGAUUGCAUGGUCCUCGACGGCACGAACCUGAUGCACCGCACGCUGGACAAACGCCUGGCCUAUUUCAAAGAAAAAGUCCUCAAGCCGUACAAUGCCAUGUACAAGCGCUUCCCCGAAGAAAAAAAACACCGCGUGUUCGCCGUCGAGGACAAAUCAACCCAGGUGAGCUACGGCAUUGAAAUGAUGUUUCGCGAGAUCAUCCCCAAAGUGAAGAAAAUCCACGGCAAUGAUGGGCUUAUCUUUACGUGUCGGAGCACCCCUUAUAAAAUCGGCACCGACGAGCACAUUCUCAAAUGGAAACCGCCCGCCGAGAAUACAAUCGACUUUCGCAUGCGCCUUGAAUUCCCGCUGUUAGAGCCAGAUACAGACGACGAGGCCGAGGGUGUCGUUGAGCCGUAUUACGAUUACGACGCCAUGCCCAUAUUUCAUCUUUUCGUCAUGUAUAACAACGCCGACUACCGCUUGUUUGGCGAAAUGUUCAUCACAAGCCCAGAAUGGGAGUCCCUGAAAGCCCUGCAGAUUCCGCUGGACGACACCAUCGUCGAGUGCUACCAAGACGACCAGACGCGCUGGCGGUACAUGCGCCUCCGCGACGAUAAAAAGGACGCAAAUCACAUCUCCACUGUCGAAAAAGUUCUCGAGUCGAUCCAGGAUCGCGUCACCGAGGACGAUCUCAUCCGUGCCGCGCCGGCUAUCAAAACUGCAUGGAAAAAGCGUCAGGCGCUGGAAUCAGGCAGUAGUGCAGUUGCUGCUGCAGACCGAAGACCAACUGCUACUGGAGUUCCGGUGCCGAAUGGCAACGGGAAUGGGACUGGUGUGAAGAGGAAAUUUGAGGAGUAG